AUGGAGGAAGCUCCUGACUACGACAGAAGCCAGUGGCUGAGUGAAAAAUUCAAGCUGGGCCUGGACUUCCCCAAUCUGCCCUACUUAAUUGAUGGGGCUCACAGGAUCACCCAGAGCAAUGCCAUUGUUCGCUACAUAGCCCGCAAGCACAACCUGUCUGGGGAGACAGAAGAGGAGAAGAUUCGCGUGGACAUUCUGGAGAAUCAAGCCAUGGACACUGCUAACCAGCUGGCCAGGGUGUGCUACAGCCCUGACUUUGAGAAACUGAAGUCUGAGUUCCUGAAAGGACUCCCUGAGAUGGUGAAGCAGUAUUCCCAGUUUCUGGGGAAGAGGCCUUGGUUUGCAGGGGAUAAGGUUACCUGUGGGGGUUUCUUGGCUUUUGACCUUCUUGACAAAUGCUGUAUAAAGAACUGGGGGGAGGGGUUGGAGGUGGAGGUUUGGGUGGGGCUAAGGCUGGAGGCAAAGUGCAUGGACCACACCUGA